AUGCAAGUUCCGUUGAUCGACAGGAUCAACGAUCUUCAAGUGGGUCUGAACUCUCUGCAAAACCCAUCCUUUCCUUCUCAGAUCACAACCUCCCUCGCCUCCGUUUCCAUAGCAUACAAUUUCUGUAAAUGGGGUGCAGUCAUUCUCGCCUUAGUCGCUACCUUCGGUAGCAUAAUCAACAGAGUCACCAUUUUCAUCAUUCGCUUCCGCACUAAAACCCCUUCUCUCGCCUCAAACCACGACGACGACGACGUUUACUCCUCCACUGAUGACGAUGACGACGACUACGAAAUUGACGACGAUUUAACCUACUCCUCCUCCUCCUCCGACCUCGAAGACGAGCCCUCCGCGUCUUCCAGCUUCAUCCGUUUGGAAGACUAUUUCCGCGUCAGAGGAACCGGUGAUAACGAUGAUAACCUAAACGACGAAUUCCACACCCAAAACGGUACGCACAAACGAUGUCGUAGCAUCGGCGAUAUAUUUUCCCUCUCCGAACUCGCCAACAGCAAGAGCGUCGUGAAGCUCUGGGACAGCAUAGGCUUCGGCCUGGGGUUAGAUUUCGAUGAUUACGAGGACGGCGUCGUUUCGACUUACGACCCGGCCAGCUCCACGGCGUCGCCCUCCGUUGUGGUCUCGGCGGGGGAGGGCGCGUGGGGGAAUUUGGCUGUGGAGAUUUGGGACACGCGCCUGCGGCGGCGGAAGCCGACGGUGGUGGCGGAGUGGGGGCCCACCGUGGGCAAGACUGUGCGCGUGGAAUCUGGCGGCGUGCAGAAGGUUUAUGUCAAAGGUGACGGACGUGACGGCCUGACGGUCGGGGACAUGAGAAAGGUCAGCACGCCGUUAGGCAACGUAACGGAGUCUGACGCGGAUACUUGGUGGGAUGCGAACGCAAUUGUUGUUUCGGAGGAAGAGCAAUCAAUGUUGCAACAACCAACUUGA